CGCGCAUCCCAAGGGUGUUUGCGCGAGGGAGUCGCAGCUUCAGCGGCUCCAGGCUUUUUUUAGCCAGGAAGAUCCUGCCCUUCAGGAGGAAGUGACGGCAGCAGCACGCGAGUUGCAGUCUGUGGAGGGAGCGGCUCACCUCGCUGGCUCCUCGAAAUUGCAGUUUUUGGACAAGCUCAUGUGUCAUUUGCACUUCUUGAACUGUAAAUACGUCCCAGCGUAUGAGCGCGACUACAUGGCGCACAAGAAUGACGCGGCGACGUACGAAUUUUACAAGCGACACGAGGAAGCUGUUUUGUCGGCUUUGGCGGGAGGUCGGAAGCCUCCACGACGACCAAAGAGGAGCGAGUUGAUUGGCCUUUCAGAAUACAGAGCGUUGUUGGAACGGGGUAUGCCGCGACGUGAUUUGACAACUGCACGAGAUGAUUCUUUUUUGAGGGAGGGUCUCUUUGCCGCGGAGCCUGUAAUGCCGACGAAGGAAAGUUGCAAUCCUGAACUGCAAGAGAGGAAGCGUGGGCAUGGCGAGGAUGCCUGCGCCUUGGAGGCGGAGGAGGAAGGGCAGGCAGAGAAGAGCGUGACAGAAGAUGGCAAAGAGGAAGACGACGAGGAGGCAAUGUCUGUGAGGGCUCCCGAGGAACUGCCUACUAGAAGCAAGGCGGAACGGCGAUUGCGACGGCACUUGAUCGUAGAUGAGGAGGACGAUGACUUGGUGAUGCAGACGGAGCCGUCCACAGCAGCAGCGGGAGGAGAGGCAGCAGUUGGAGAAACAGCGGCUGCUGCAUCUUCUGAAGAAGAUAGAAAGGGGUCUUUUGCAUCGCUUGCCUCGUCGGAGGCAGGGGGAACGGCCGCUGCAGCCACAGUUGCAGCAGCAGCAGCUUCUUCAGAGGCGAAGCGUGAGGGGGAAGAUCGAAGCAACCUCCCCACGGCUUGCUGCACGGGCAGUCCAGCGAGUCACAAAGACCUCGUCGAGACGGGAGAAAUCCUCUACGUGCAGCCUGUAAAGACUGAAGAGGAAACUCCUCCGACGGAGGCUGGACUGGAUCUCGCAGGUGCAGCAGCGAAUUUCUCGCGGGAGGAAGCAAAGCAGCAAGCCUCUUCGCCAUCGAGUGAAGCGGGGAGCGAUGCUAGGAGCAACGGCAACCCAAGCAAGCAAGCCGCAGCUAAGAUGGACGCAGCCAACACGCCGAGGAUUCAAAGACUCCUCAUCUUCACGCAGUUUCAGCUCGUGUUAGAUGAAUUGGAGGCAUACUGCAAAUUUCGGGGAUGGCGAUAUCUCAGGCUGGAUGGCUCGACGAAUAAGUUUGUGCGGGAGCUGGACAUAAGGGAUUUUAACAAUGAUAACACGUGUUAUUUUGUAUAUUUGAUUUCCACAAGGGCUGGUGGUCUCGGGAUUAAUCUGACGGCAGCAAAUCACGUCGUGAUCUACGAUCACGACUGGAAUCCAUUCAUCGACCUUCAAGCUGUUGACAGGGCACAUCGUAUCGGGCAGCAGCGCGAGGUUCACGUAUGGUCGCUAGUGAGUGAAUGGACGGUUGAAGAACGCAUGGCGUUUCGGAGGGAGCAGAAACUGCGCUUGGAUAAAUUGUUAGUGCAGCAACAAAUUGAGGCUGAGGCUGAGGCUCUUGACGGGGAGGAUGGCGAAGACAUCAAGGAGCAUCGUUCGGAGAAGAUUUCGACGGAUGAAGUGCGGAAGUUGAUGCUUCAUGGCAAGAAGGCCAUCGUGCAAGUGGCAUCUACAGGCACUGAAGACAUCUCGAGUCGAGCGCUGGAGGAUCUUGUGAUGCGUCCAAGGCAGCCGUUGCCUGUGCUGGGCGAAGAUGAGGAGCCGCUGGUUGCUGGCGUUUCUGCGGCUUUUGAGGAGGACGUCGACGAGAAGAAUCUCGUGGAUAUCACGGAAGUGAUGGACGAAGAAGCAGAAGAGCGACAGAAUCAGCAGCAGUUGGUGGAGGAUGCAGAGGAUGCUGCUGGAGGCGCCGACGGUCCAUUCGAAGGUUCAGGAGGGAAGUGCAUGACAGAAGGAGAGGAUGCGAAGCAGAGCGGCAGCAGCUCUCCUUGCAUUGCAGAAGACGAGAAUUCGGGAGACACUUGCUCCGAGGCAGCAGCCUCCUCUGCUCCUUCUGCGAAAGGCAGCCUCGAGGCGGAGCUGCACAGCGCUGGCGUUCUUUGGCGAUCGGGCAGAGAGCGCAAGAAGCCAGUUGCGCUGUAUGUUCCUCAGGAGUUCACGCAGCGGGAGGAGCGGCGAAAGCUGCGACACGAGACGCGGUGUUUCGUCUGUGGGAACGGAAAGGAUCACGUGCAGACGUCGGUUGAUCGCGAAGGCAAUCCAGUGGAAGUUGCGUACGGCGAUUUGGUGUGCUGCAGCGGGUGCCCAAAGGCAUAUCACCGAUGUUGCGAAGGUUUGGCAAAGGACGUGAAGAAGAGUUGGCGAUGCCGAUGGCACGAGUGUUGUUUGUGCUUUCGGAAGACUUCGCAGUGCGGCAACAUGCUGAUCCACUGCGCUCGCUGCCCGACGUCGUUCUGCUACGACUGUUUUCCCCCCGACUACUGCCGGUACAACGUGGGCGAAGACUACUACAUGCAGCUGCGGCAGCGCGGCAUGAUGGUGACUCCGCAGAACUGGAUCCUGCUGCUUUGCUCCAAGUGCAAGGCUGUGGAGGAGCAGCAGACGAGGCGUCGCCUGACGAAGGAGGAGAAAGACCACGAGAAGCUGAUGCAGCAGGAGCUGCGUCAGCAGCAGCGGCAGCUGCACCAGGAUGGCGCGCGACUGCGUUUGGAGCGCGACGAAGUCAAGCUGCUGCAGCGGCAGAGGGCGGAGGAGGAGCGCCGCUGGUUCGACCACAAGCAGGCGAUCGACAGACUCGACGAGGCUGCGGAGAUCGCUCUGCGGCAGGCGUACCAGCGGCUUUUUCCUGCAGUCUUUCUUGCGGAGAUCGAGAAGAGGACGGCAGCGGCGAAGGCGGCGCAGCGAGCCUCUCGCGAGGCGGCAGUUGCGGAGGCGAUGAGCGCAGUCGCUGCAGCUGGCGCAAGCACAGGAGCGGAGAGCCAGGCAGCUCUGGCGACGGCAGCCGCUGCGGCUAUCAAGAAGGCUUCAAAGAAGCCUACGAAUCAGCUGGCGAACAUGAAGCUCCCUUCGCAGAGUCUCGGCGUCUGCGACAACUGCCGCUUCCCCUGCCACGGCGUGAAAGACUACCCUGGCUCCUGCUGCUUUCCAGACGAAGUCAUUCAGAAGUUCGUGGCGCGCUCUAGACCUCUCUCGCAGUCUGGCGCAGACGCGGUGGGCGUGGGAGCCGGAGGCAGCAGCUGCAACAGCAGCGGCAGCGGCGCGCACAACGACGCGAGCAACGACGCAAACACCAAGAGUGGGGAGGGGGUGGCUUGUGGGGGAAAGCAGGCGGCUGAGGCGGCUGCGGCUUCUCUGAAUGCUCCUUCGAGCGCCUUGCAUGCGCUCGCCAGUUCUGCUGCUCUCCUGCAAAGCCCAUUCGGCAGCGAGCACCUCCUGGGAGCAGCAGCGGGGGGGCCUAACGACCAGAAAGUGAAGUACAUGCAGCGGCAAGUCUGCGCUGCCUGCCAUGAGUGGCGCAUUGGGAAACGCUCCCACACGCGGAAACACUGCCUCUCCCUCACGCCAGAGCAGCUGCAGGAGUAUGACGACAGGAGAGCUAAGAUGCGCCUUGUCGCCGAGUUGCUCCUGGCGAAAGACCCCAUUCCAGAUUCGCACUCCGGAGCUUACGCUUCAGCCUCCCCCCAGAGGCUCAAAGCCUUCUUUCAGCAGUACCAGGAGUCGGCGGACAAGAUAUUGGAGGAGUGCAUGGUGGCUGCAGGGCUUCAGCACGCCGUUGCUUCUCGCUUUGCCUCGGGCAGAAAGGGAGUCUUAGGAUCCUCUCCUGCAACGCAGGGUGGAAGUGCUGCUACAGCUCCAGGAGCUCAGCAUGCUGCGUUGUCUUCGCUCAGUGCUGUCUCUUCGAAUAAAGAUCGCAUCUCGAUGAUUUUGAAUCGGAGCAAGGAGCUGCUGCUGCUCAAGCGGCAGACGGAAAUGCAGGUCCUUGCGACGCUGUCGGCUGCGAACGGGAGGGGGUCUGCGUCUUCAACUGUGGCGGCGAGUUUGCCGAGCGAGAAGCAGCUGCUUCUCAGCGGCUCUGGCGAGGCGGAGCGAUCUCACAUGACACCUUCUUCAGAUACGACCAGCGAAGUGGAGGUGCUCGGCGGAGGGGGAGGCACACGGGGAUCUCCGCUGGCAGGAGUUGCAUCUUCUGGAGGGGGGAAUUUAACGAAUUGCGUGAUGAGCGGCAGUAGCAGUCUCCCGGGAGGGGCGACCCCUACUACUGCUGCUUCUGCAGCAGCAGCUGCUGCUGCUGUGGGUGCUUCUGGCAAGCGGCACAGCCUCGAAGGGUCCAGCAGUGUGGCGGCUAGCCGCGCAGCUGGCGCUGCGGGAGCGCUUUCGGUGAUGACAACGAAGCGGCAACGAAAGGCUGCGCCUUCUCCCAAGACAGCAGACGCAGUGGUCGGUGGAACCGCGGGUGUAAGCGGUGCAGAAACGGGGUAUUUGGCAUCUGCAAGUGGGCAUCUGGCCGCUUCUGCAACGGCGGCGGCGAUUAAGCAAAAGUCUAUCAUCGAUUUUUUUACUUCGAGGAACAGAGCAGCCGCGUCGGGAGCCAGCGGCGCGAAGCAGCCGAUGUUUUUGACAGCCUUUUCUGCGGGGAAGGGAUCUCCUCGACCUGGAGGGGGGGGGGGAGCUCCUGCAUGCACAGGGUUCACACCGUGGAGCGCCAAACAGCCUUCAGAUACGGAGAGUGACUGA